AAGCGGAGGCCGCGAGAAGCGGGGCGGGCGCCGCGGGCUGGCGCGCUGGGGUCACUUCCGCUGGGGCGGGACCUCAGGCUCUCCCGCGCAAAUUGAAAAGCCCUCGGGACGCGGUUGCCACCCGGCUCCGGGUGUUCCGCGCCGCCUGCCUCGGGCGCUCGGGCCCAGGCGAAGGGAAGCGUGCCUUCUGGAAUGGGCUUGCGGGCCCCUCGUGCACGGCCCGUGGACAGGAGUGAAGCGGUGAGGUCGCCGGCGUGGUCGUACCUCGCGUGUGGCAGGCGGGCGCCCUGAGAUGAUGCCAGCCCUGCGGCCCGCGGUCGUUCCCACUCCGCUACGAGGAGACGUUUAGGCAGCGAAUUCACCUAGCUUAGAAGAGACGGGUUUCGCAAAAUGUGUACGACCUCCGUUUCCCUCAAAGGGGGAGAAAACUCCCUUUAGAGGCGUUAUCUGAGAGGUAGGCUAAUUGCCUUUCUCAGACUGUGGCUUGAGGAACACCUGCGUCCAAAUUACCUGCCUUAGUGAAGAGUCAGAAUCCCCCACCCGGCUCCAAACCGGUGAAUGCGCUGCUGUCCUGGAGCUCAGAGCUUUGAUGCAGUAUCAAGUUAGCUUGGCACUAUGGGGAUACACGGAUUACUGCAGUUUAUCAAAGACGCUUCUGAACCCAUCCACGUGAGGAAGUAUAAAGGACAGGCAGUGGCUGUGGAUACAUAUUGUUGGCUUCACAAAGGAGCUAUUGCUUGUGCUGAGAAACUAGCCAAAGGUGAACCUACCGAUAAGUAUGUAGGAUUUUGUAUGAAGUUCGUAAAUAUGUUACUCUCUCAUGGGAUCAAGCCUAUUCUCAUAUUUGAUGGAUGUACUUUACCUUCUAAAAAGGAAGUGGAAAAGUCUAGAAGAGAAAGACGACAAGCCAACCUUCUUAAGGGAAAGCAGCUUCUUCGUGAGGGCAAAGUCUCAGAAGCCAGAGAAUGUUUUACCCGCUCUAUCAAUAUCACACAUGCGAUGGCCCACAAAGUUAUUAAAGCCGCUCGGUCGCAGGGAGUAGAUUGUCUUGUGGCUCCGUACGAAGCGGAUGCGCAGUUGGCCUAUCUCAACAAAGCUGGUAUCGUACAGGCCAUAGUCACAGAGGACUCGGACCUCCUCGCUUUUGGCUGUAAAAAGGUGAUUUUAAAAAUGGACCAGUUUGGAAAUGGACUAGAAAUUGACCAGGCGCGGCUGGGCAUGUGCAGACAGCUCGGGGACGUGUUCACAGAGGAGAAGUUCCGCUACAUGUGCAUCCUGUCGGGCUGCGACUACCUCUCCUCGCUGCGUGGGAUUGGCUUAGCAAAGGCCUGCAAAGUGCUAAGGCUGGCCAGUAAUCCAGACAUCGUGAAGGUUAUCAAGAAAAUUGGACACUAUCUUAAGAUGAAUAUAACAGUCCCAGAGGAUUACAUUGAAGGAUUUAUCAGAGCCAACAAUACCUUCCUUUAUCAGCUAGUUUUUGAUCCCAUCGGAAGGAAACUCAUCCCUCUGAAUGCCUACGAAGAUGACAUUGAUCCUGAAACACUAAGCUACGCUGGGCAGUAUUUUGAUGAUUCCGUAGCUCUCCAGAUAGCCCUUGGAAAUAAAGAUAUAAACACUUUGGAACAGAUUGAUGACUACAAUCCAGACACUGCUGCGCCUGCCCAGUCAAGAAGUCAGAGUUGGAAUGACAAAACAUGUCAGAAGUCAUCUAAUGUUAAUAGCAUUUGGCAUAGGAAUUAUUGCCCUAGACUUGAGCGGGAUGUUGUUUCAGAUGUUAAAAGACUGAAGGAAAAUCCAAGUACUGUGGGCAUUGAACAAGUGAUCAGUAUUAAAGGGUUAAAUCUUCCAAGGAAGUCAUCCAUUGUGAAAAGACCAAGAAAUGAGCUGUCAGAAGAUGACCUGUUGAGUCAGUAUUCCCUUUCAUUUACAAAGAAGACCAAGAAAAAUAACUGUGAAGGUCCUAAGUCCUUGAACUCUUCUGAAAUGCUCAUGCCUGACCUGGAGGAUGGAAGUACUGUUAGAAAAAAUGGGAGCACAGCACCUACGACGAGAAAUAAAUUUGCGGCGUUGUUACGGAGGAAAAAUGAAGACGGUGGAGCAGUUGUGGUCCCAGGGACCAGAAGCAGGUUUUUUUGCAGUUCUCUGGAUUCUGCCGACUGUGUAUCCGUGGAAGCAAGCAGCGAGCCCCUGGAGGAAAGUGCUGUCACGGAGAAAGAGACCAGUCUAAGUGAAUCAGAGGGCUUAGACGGCCAGGAGCUGGCUGGGUCGGACGUAGCACGUCGCUCAGGUGAUCCGAUGGCAGACGAGGGAGCUGUGAUGACUGACAGUGAGUCUCAGUCUUCUGAGACCAGCAGAUUCACCAGGACCAUUUCACCACCCACUCUGGGGACACUCAGAAAUUGUUUUAGUUGGUCUGGAAGUCUUGGAGACUUUUCACGAGCUUCAAGCCCUUCUCCAAGCCCUUCUCCAAGAGCAGCGUUGCAGCAGUUUCGGAGAAGGACUGACCCCCCCACGGCUCCACCGGACCAGAGGGAAGUGUCCCAUGCGUCUCAGUUCAAGAGCAGUGAUGGCUCAGGUGAUGACGCGCCUCCCUUACGGCUAGCGGGGUGGUCGCCCCAGUCUCAGGAGAGCGCAGGAUUCUCGCCACACAGUUUAAGUGCGUCAAAACUCUCUCAGCCUUCUAGUAAGGAUUCGGAUUCAGAGGAAUCUGACUGCAAUAUGAAGUCACUUGAUCAUCGAGGUAAUCUGAAAUCCAACCUACGUUUAACUCCGUUUUUGAGAAAAGACACACCUCUAAGAAACAAGGUUCCUGGGCUGUAUAAAUCUAGUUCUGUGGACAAUCUUUCUACAACCAAGAUCAAGCCUCUAGUUCCUGCCAGAGUCAGUGGGCUCAGCAAGAAGCCGUCAGGUGUCCAGAAGAGAAAUCAUCAUAAUGCCGAGAACAGGCCGGGAUUACAGAUAAAAAUCAAUGAGCUCUGGAAAAAUUUUGGAUUUAAAAAAGAUUCUGAAAAGCUGUCUCCUUGUAAGAAGCCGGAUCCCCUGUCGCCGGUCAAAGAUAACAUCCAACUAACUCCAGAAGCGGAAGAGGACAUAUUUAACAAAUCUGAAUGCCUGCAUGUUCAGAGAGCAAUAUUCCAAUAAAUGCAGGCAGCUGGGACGCUGUUGCCUGCAAGAGAAUAUCAGUUUGAAGUGCUGUUUGGGAAUGCAGCCGUUACCAAAGACUUACUCCUAGAUGUGUGCCACUUUUUAAAUAGAGUACAUUUUGUAUAUUAACUAUGUAGUAAUUUCUUUUGUUCAGCUUUUUAUAUUUUCAUAAGAAGCUAAGUAGAGAAAUCAUUUUAUUUUUGACAGUUUUUGGAAGUUUUGAUGUUUUGGGGCAAGUCCCCUGAAAUUUAUAAAAAUCUACUCUAAAGAUUUCUGUCAUGUUGUCAAGUAUAAGGAUGGUAAAUGAAAAGCCACAAUUCUGUAAUCAUUUUAUCCUGGAGGGAAUCACUGUAUUUCUCCAAGCUUUAAAUUUUACCCCCUGCCUUUCCUAUCUCUUUCAGGGUUGAAUUGAAAAUGAAGUUGCUGUCAUGGAAGGGGUAGCUGGAAGGGUUAAAGAUCACUGCCCACAUGGGACAGUGCUCUGCUAUCCCUGAAGGGUUUGCUCGGGUUAUGGAUUGACAGUGAAGGAAAACUGCUCUCAGCUUCCUGUGAAAAGAACUACUUACAUUGUUAAUAUUCUUAAACUUCAAAAUGGCCUGUUUUUCCUACUAUGUCUUUUUUAAAGUGUGGACUGAAAAUCCCUUAACUAGAGUCUUAGGUGUAAUGUAAGAUCCUAAGGCAUCAGGGUCUGUGAUGUGUACACACUGCAAAGACAUAGGCAGGUACCUGGAGAGAGAACGAACCAUGCAAGUGAAUACUGGGAGGGAGGCGAGGGAGAGGGAAGGGGAAGGUAAAGGAUGGAUCUGGCAGGAGACAAAGGUGCGUUACCUGAGAUAAAGAGGAUUAAAGUACAGCGAUCCGGAGUAUUUUAGUUUUUAAAUAAGACUUGAUAGAGGACUCUUGGAUAGAGUCAGAAUGGAAUGGAAAACAUAAGUUGUAAGAAACAGCAUAAAAAUUGUAAAAGAAAUAAAAAACCAAUCUGAAAAAGACCCAAAGAACACAAACAAAUUCGAGCUAUGAAAGUUUCCUGUUCUAAAACAAAUUAAGAAUGUGACUCAAACUUUGUCUACAAAUGUUUAUCUCCUCGCUGACUUAAAAUGCCACUUAAGUGACAGAAAAGGAAUAAAACAGUAUAAAUCCGUAAAGGUUAACAGAGGAAGAGACAUCAGGCAAGGAAACAGAUGGAUAAGUGGUAAGUGAUUUAGCAAAGAAAUGAUCAAU